AUGCUCCAGGAGGUCCUGAAAGCACUGGGAGAGAGAGCCUGUACCUCCCCCUCACAAACAGCACUCAUCAGGGAGAAUGUGUCAGAGGAGGAGGCUCUCAUCUCCUCAGAGCAGAACAGUGAGCUGCAGCCUUUACACAGAGGGGGAGGGAACCUGCAGCUCGCGCACUUCCGUACGCACCCACGUGAGUCCGCUCCCCCCACAGAGUCUUGUCGGGGGUCCUCUCAGCGCAGCGGACCAGGAGCAGUUGCGUCGGACAGAGCAUCUCGUGGGCGCAUGGCUGGAGAAGGAGCGGCAGGCCGCGCGGAGUGGGCGGCAGAGAAGGCGGACGUGACGGUGUCGCUGGCGCUGCUCUCGGUGGUGGUGUUACUCAGUGAUGCGCUUCGGCGGAUGCUGGCCAGGGUCCUCGCGCACAGCGGACUUGAGGUGCACGCGGCGGAGUUCGUAUCCACGCUGCAGCUGUGCUGCUGCACGCACGAGCUGCGCGUGCUCUCGGACGUAGGGAAGAUCGAGCGCCGCCUCGCGCACACCCUGACGUACGUCGCGGCCGUGGUGCACGGGCUCACGUUCAAAGGCGCUGUCGGGAAUCCGGCGUGCACGCUCGUGCACACGUAUCGCCAGAGGCUCGUGCCCGGCGCAGCUCUAUGGGAGAUCGCGUGCCAGUUCGCAGCUGCUGCAGCCGCGCGCGCCCUGAUGCCCCUCGCGUGGAGCUUGGGCAUGUCCAGUCUGCACGUUCGGCACCGGGCGCGCGAGUUCCAGUGCACGAGCCCCGUAGAUUCUCCGCUCAUCGCUACUGCAGUGGAAACUGCGUGCGCAUGCGCGGUGCAAACGGCCAUCACGCAAACGCGUAGCCUGGAGGAAAAAUAUCGCGUGCACGCUGUGGCAGCAGUCGUCACCACCGCAGUGUACGCAGGGGGCCCGAGCACAGGAGCCGUGUUUAACCCCGCGCUGGCCUUCUCCACACAGUUCCGCUGUGAGGGCCGCUCGCUCCCGGAGUACUGCCUGGUGUACUGGCUGGGCCCGGUGCUCGGGAUGCUGGGCUCCGUGCUGCUCUGUGAUUGGCUAGAAGGAUGGAGACUGGUGCGCAGGAGGUGAAGAGGGCUCUGGAGGUGCAGGUUCCUGGGAGAAGCGUCAGGGGCCACUGGAAUCUCACUGGAAUG